CUGCGCGCUUUGGGUUUCGCCUCGGACAAAUUGCGGCGGAGCGCUGGAUCACUAAAAGUUCGCCGAAUCUAUUUAGAGGUACCGGGCUUGGGGGGCCGGAGAGGUUUGGUGUUUUCUUGUCGAGGGACUGGGUUGUGGUACUAUUUGAGUUUUUCAGUUUUUUCGCAGUUUAAUCAUGGAGACUCUCCGAGGUCUCCUUGCGCUGCUGUGCGUUUUCCUGACUGAAGUUAGUGCGCAGCCCCAAAGACGCAGAUUUGAGGAGUGUCCUGUUGACCUUUUCUUCGUGCUGGAUACAUCUGAGAGUGUCGCCCUCAGGCAGAAACCCCCCGAGUUUUAUAUUGACCAGAUCAAAGAUUUCACCAAGCGCUUCAUAGAUCAACUACAUGACAUGAGGCACGAAUGUGACCGCACCCUGACAUGGAACUCAGGAGCGCUGCACUACAGUGACGAGGUCAUCAUUGUGCGCCCACUGAGCGCCUUGGGCACUGACCGCCAGGCCCUGAAGACCGAUAUCGAUUCCAUCAAAUACAUCGGCAAGGGCACACACACCGACUGCGCCAUCAGGAGCGGCCUUGCUGAGCUGACCGUGGGGGGUUCCCACUACCAUGAGAACAAGUACAUCGUGGUUGUGACUGACGGCCAUCCUAUAACUGGUUACAAAGAGCCAUGUGGAGGAGUGCAGGAGGCCGCCGCUGAAGCCAAGCAACAUGGAGUCAAAGUGUUUGCUGUCGCCAUCGUACCCGACCAGGAGGAGGCGAGGCUGGCGCUCAUUGCCACGGACCAUAACUACAGGCAGAACUUCACCGCUGCAGACAAUCCCAGGUCCACCAAGAUGGGAACCAUUCGAACCAUCAUUAAUAUGAUCACAAACGAGACAAAGGAUGUGUGUUGCUCUUUUGACUGCAAUGCUCCAGGAGGGCCCAAAGGACCAGACGGAGACCCUGGCUCAAAGGGAGAAACAGGUAGACCAGGAAUGCCCGGAGAGAAAGGAGAUAUUGGUGACGUGGGUAAAAUCGGAGAUCCUGGUCCUGUCGGUUACGGUGGAAUGAAGGGAGACCGCGGCCCCAGAGGAGAAAAGGGGGAAAGAGGACACAAAGGCUACAAGGGAGACAAAGGUCAAAGGGGAAAUGAUGGAAUCGAUGGACGCAAGGGUGAAACUGGUUUCCCUGGUCUUUCCGGCUGUAAAGGAUCUCCAGGAUCAGAUGGUCUGCAGGGAGACACUGGACCAAAGGGAGACUCUGGUCCUUAUGGAUCGAAGGGAGCAAAAGGAGAUCCUGGAGCACCUGGUCAACCAGGACAUCCUGGAAACUACGGACCUCUGGGACCUAAGGGUGAUCGAGGCCCUCGUGGACCUGAUGGAGACAAAGGAGAGCGUGGAGAUGAUGGCGCACCUGGACCAGAUGGACCUCGUGGCGAUAAAGGACAAGUUGGAGAGAAGGGCGAGCAAGGAACCCGUGGAAACAGAGGUCCAAGAGGAGAUGCAGGGGAGCCAGGACCCCGUGGAGAGCAGGGGAGGGAGGGCCCAACCGGAGCCAACGGAGAACCCGGCGAACCUGGCAAGGUCGGUCCUCCUGGCUACAGAGGAGAUGAAGGUCCACCUGGACCAGAGGGACCCAAGGGACAGAGAGGAAUCAAAGGAUCUCCAGGAGACAGAGGCCAGAUGGGGGAGAGGGGAGAGGAUGGCGUCCAAGGAAAUGGUACUAUAGGUUGUCAUGGUUUCCAGGGUUAUCCUGGGGCCCGCGGAGACCCUGGUGAGCCGGGCAGCAAGGGAACCCCUGGACCCAAAGGAGAUGACGGAGAUCCCGGAGAUCCAGGCCUCGAUAACAACGAAGGAGGAGAUCCUGGACCAAAAGGGGCCAAAGGUCACAGAGGACCUGAGGGCAAACCGGGACCUCCUGGGCCUCCUGGACCACAAGGAGCUGAUGAAUGUGAAAUUCUGGAUAUCAUCAUGAAGCUCUGCUCCUGUUGUGAGUGUAAGUGUGACUCUCUGGACCUGGCGUUCGUUGUGGACAGCUCAGAGAGCGUCGGUGCCGCAAACUUUGCUAUUGCCAAAGACUUUAUCAUCACAGUCAUCGACAGACUGAUCAAAGACCAAAAAGUCAAGUUUGCAGGUAAUGAGUCAGCAUUGAGUGUAGUCCAGUACAGUGGAUCGAAGGCCCAAGAAAUCGUCCGGCUGGGCGAAAACGUCGAUACCCUCCUCGGUUUUAAAGAGAAGGUGAGAAAUUUGAACUGGCUGGCUGAGGCCACAUACACAGGCGAGGCCCUUGAGUUCACUCUGAAGAGGGCGAUCCAGCUGAUGACAAACCAGAACAAAGUUGUCCUUGUUCUCACCGAUGGCCGCUCUGAUACCAAGAGGGACACGGUUCCCCUCAACAUACUCUGUGGUCAAGGUGUCACGGUGGGUGGUUUAGGAGUGAAGGACUACUCAGGCCGUCAGCCCAACCAGGAGCAGCUUGAAGAUGUGUCGUGUACGAAUGACCCAGUCAAACCGGGCUUUUCAGAUGUCCUGGACAACUUUGCUGAUCUGCUUGAUGACACUUUCCUGCAGAAUCUCACAUCCAAAAUCUGUCAAGCUAAGAAAUGCCCAGACUACAAAUGUCCCGUCAUUUUCACUCAACCUGCCGACAUUUUGAUCAUGAUGGACAGCUCGGCCAGUGUGGGCCAGAAGAACUACGACAUAAGCAAAGAAUUUGUCCUCGUCUUGGCCAAACGUUUCCUGGAUGCGCAGAAGAACCCGGGUGCUACUGUCAAAGUGGGUGUGGCCCAGUACAGCCGAAAUGCCGAAAUGGUGCAGUCCCUGACCACCAAUUUCACCACUCUGUCUCAAAACGUUACAAUGGCGUCCUUCCAAAAUGACGGCACCAACUUGUUACAGGCCAUGCAAUUUGCCAUUGCGCGUUCAGAUCGCCGUGGAGACUCAUCAGGAGGCAUCAAGAAGGUGGUGAUUUUCUCUAACGGGAGGUCUCAGGGCGUCACCGAGCCCAUGUUGGUGAAACGUGUUCGCGAGGUGGCGGAUGCCGGGUUGGAGCUCUUUGUCAUCGCCGCUGGCAGCCAGGUCAAUGAGGCCAACCUGCGCACGCUGGUGAGCAGGGGGCGGUCAGACGACCACACCUACGCCCAGCGCCACCUGUUCCGUGUCCCAGAUUACCCCUCUCUCCUCCGCGGGGUCUUCUCCCAGACCGUCUCCCGCAGGGUGUCCAUCCGCUAAACGCAGGGCCCCAAACAACAGGACCAACACGCUUUAGAUUUUUAG